AUGUUUUUAACACAUCAAGAAACUUUAACAUUUUUAACAUCUUUAAGACAAAUAAAAGGUGAUUUAUUGUUACAUAUAUUUGCUUUACAAUUUUCAAACACUCACACAUUUAUUUGCAAUAAAUACUUGAUUGCAAAAAAAUUUGAAGAAAUUGAUUAUUUUAAUAACAAUAACAAUAAUAGUAACAAUAGCCAAAUUAAAGAUAUUUUUUUUGUUAAUGUUUCAUCUAAAAAUGAUAAGCCAACACAGGUAAACCCAACCAAUUCAUUUAUAAACUUCCUAAUGACAAAAAUACAACCUUACCUUCGAUUACAACAACAACAAAAUCAGCUGCACGAUAAUGAUGUUAAUGGCGAAGGAUUUGUGCUAUAUUUAUCAAAAACCCCAUCUUGCAUUAUAACGUUUACUGGUUGGAUACUUGAAUAUCCCGUAAUUUAUGCAUUGGAUUUUGGCUUCAUUGUUAAUGAGGAUGAGGAUGAAAACGUUGAGAAUAACGUGGACAAGAAAAAUAAUUUAGGAAAUCAAGGAUUAAUUUUAUUUCAAUUAUUUUUAAAAUACAAUCAGAACAUUCCGGGUUUCGGUAAAGAAGAAAGUUCCAGGUAUAUAUAUAUAAUGUGA